CGGCUACCCCGUGUCAUCUCCGCCGGCCGACACGCUUCAUGGCGGCUCGGCCGGUGUCCCGUAUGCUGCGGCGGGCCCUGAGGCCCAGCGUCCGGAGCUGCAGCUCGGGGGCUCCGGUGGCGCAGCACCGCCCGGGGGAGGGGACGCUUUCUGUGUGUGACCAGGUGUUCUUGUGACACCCUGCUUCACAGCGUGACACGGACUAAAAAUGCCACCUUGGUGCCACCAAUAGUCAGUUUAUUCCUGGCCUUUCAAGAGAGAACCGUGCUAAGUGACGUCUACGUGGUCUCUCUAGUCCCUACAGCAAACCGAAUGUGGAGCUGUCCCAGGGCCGGAGGCAGUUCCUGAGGGAGCAUGCAGCCCCCUUCUCUGCCUUCCUCACCGACAGCUUCGGCAGGCAACACAGCUACCUGCGCAUGUCCCUCACCGAGAGGUGCAACCUCAGAUGUCAAUACUGCAUGCCCGAAGAGGGGGUCCCCCUGACUCCCAAGGCUGACCUGCUGACCACAGAGGAGAUCCUGACCCUUGCACGGCUCUUUGUGAAAGAAGGUAUAGACAAGAUCCGGCUUACAGGUGGAGAGCCCCUCAUCCGGCCAGAUGUGGUAGACAUCGUGGCCCGGCUCCACCAGCUAGAAGGUUUGAGGACCAUCGGCAUCACCACCAACGGGAUCAACCUAGCCCGGCUGUUGCCUCAGCUUCAGAAAGGUGGUCUCAGUGCCAUCAACAUCAGCCUGGACACACUGGUGCCAGCCAAGUUUGAAUUCAUUGCCCGCAGGAAAGGUGAUCAGAUGCAGCACAGAGCAGGAGACAUCCCUACCAGGGCCUAUGCCGCUGGGGAGCUGUGGCUGGUGCUAGGCUUCCACAAGGUCAUGGAGGGCAUCCACAGAGCCAUUGAGCUUGGCUACCGCCCUGUGAAGGUGAACUGUGUGGUGAUGCGAGGCCUGAACGACGACGAGCUCUUGGACUUUGUGGCCCUGACCAAAGGACUGCCCCUGGACGUGCGCUUCAUAGAGUAUAUGCCCUUUGAUGGCAACAAGUGGAACUUCAAGAAGAUGGUCAGCUACAAGGAGAUGCUGGACACCCUCCAGCAGCAGUGGCCAGAGCUGGAAAAGCUGCCUGGGGAGGAAUCCAGCACAGCCAAGACCUUUAGAGUCCCUGGCUUCCAAGGCCAGGUCAGCUUUAUCACGUCCAUGUCUGACCAUUUCUGUGGAACCUGUAACCGGCUGCGAAUCACAGCUGAUGGGAACCUCAAGGUCUGCCUCUUCGGGAGCUCAGAGGUAUCCCUACGGAACCAUCUGCGGGCUGGGGCCUCGGAGGAGGAGCUGCUGAGGAUCAUCGGGGCUGCUGUGGGCAGGAAGAAGCGGCAGCAUGCGGGCAUGUUCAGUAUUUCCCAGAUGAAGAACCGGCCCAUGAUCCUCAUCGAGUUAUAUCUGAUGCUCCAAGAUUCCCCACCAGCCGUUCCGAGCAUUUCCUCCUGGGGUCCCCUCCAUGUUCAAGGUCUGAGACACAGAGUGAGUUUCUCCAACCAGAUGGCAACUUUAUGGAAAGGAUGCGGGGUCCCCCAGGCCCUCCCCCUUGCCCAGCAGCGGCUGGGGUCUGGCUUCUCUCAGAGACACUACUGUUCCCACUCAGACUCAGACACCAACCCAAAGUGCCUUAGCCCAGUGUCUGGGACUUCUGCCACCCCCUCAGGACCCCUGCCAACGUCGGACCAACUAACCCAUGUGGACAUGGAAGGACGGGCAGCUAUGGUGGAUGUGGGGGGGAAGCCAGACACAGAGCGGGUGGCCGUGGCCUUGGCCAUGGUCUUCCUGGGGCCCGUGGCCUUCCAGCUUAUCCAGGAGAACCAGCUAAAGAAGGGAGAUGCCCUGGUGGUGGCCCAGCUGGCUGGCGUGCAGGCAGCCAAGCUGACCAGCCAGCUGAUUCCCCUGUGCCACCACGUGGCCCUGAGCCAUGUCCAGGUGCAGCUGGAGCUGGACCGCACGCACCAUGCUGUGGUGAUCCGGGCGUCGUGCCGGGCUCGGGGCCCCACUGGGGUGGAGAUGGAGGCCCUGACCUCAGCUGCUGUGUCUGCCCUCACCCUGUACGACAUGUGCAAAGCUGUCAGCAGAGACAUUGUAUUGGGGGAGAUCAAACUCGUUAGUAAGACUGGGGGCCAGCGGGGCGACUUCCAUCGGACUUAGAGUGUCUGCCCCACCCACCCAUGGCCCAGCCAGGUCAAGAGCUGGGAUGCAGUUUGGGCUGAGGGACAGAUGUCAAGUUCCUUUCAGCCCAUCAACUGUUUACCUUCUCCAGUAGGAAGCCAAGGUCAGCCCACACCUGGACUGCUAAGUGAUGUAUGACCUGCAAGUCCCUUUAUUCAGAGAGGAAACCAGCAGGCCUUUCAUUCUUCUUGGACACUAAAGUCACGGGCGGGGGUCACAAAGAGAAACGCUAGAAAACCGGAACAUCACAUUGUCUGAAAUGCCCACAAAUACAACCAGUUUCAGACAGUCCAGGCCAUAACUUCUACUUCCCAUUUCGGGUUUUCUCCUCUCUUACUUCCUGAGGAGAGAAUAAGGGCUCGGUAAGCAGAGGAACCCGCUUUGAGGAGGGAAGAGGCCAGCUCUGCCUGCCCCAGUUUGGGGAGCCACAGCACCCCUCCCCUGCCUCUCCACCUUCUCUCCUUCGAGGGAGCCUGUUCUGCCCUCCUUUUGCCUGAGUCUGUGUCCCACCAACUUGCACUGCGCUGCCAGCUCCCUUUCCUCGCCCCCAUCCUCUUAAGCAGGAAACACACACGGGCCACGGCUAUGAGGACUCCUGCCAGCCACACAUCCCACACCUGGCCCUGAGCGCUGCGGUUCUACCCACUCCCCGCACUCCUUUAUUCUGGAACAUAUCAGGGAAAGAAGAGAGUUGAAGACUGCCUUCACCCUCAGCGCACAAAAUAAAGCCGGGAUGCCAGCUUUGGA